AUGGCACCGACCAACUUCACCUCUGCCCCGGUGUUCCUCCUCCUCGGCCUCGUGGAUGGAACAGAUGCCCACCUGCUGCUGUUCCUGCUCUUCCUUGGUGUCUACCUGCUCAACGCCCUGGGCAACCUAAGCAUGGUGGUGCUGGUGAGGUCUGACAGGGCCCUCCAAUCCCCUAUGUAUUACUUCUUGGGGCACCUGAGCCUCGUGGACUUCGGCUUUGCCACUGUCACAGUCCCCAGGCUGCUGGUCAUCCUGCUCCAUCCGGGCCAGGCUGUGUCCUUCCAGGCGUGCUUUGCCCAGAUGUACUUCUUCGUGGCUCUGGGCAUCACCGAGAGCUACCUCCUGGCGGCCAUGUCUUAUGACCGCGCGGUGGCGGUAUGUCAACCCCUCCGCUACGUCGCGCUGAUGACGCCACGACGCUGCGCCAUGCUGGUGUGUGCGUCCUGGGCUGUGGCACACCUGCAUUCACUGCUGCACACACUGCUCCUCUCCACGCUCUCCUACCCCCGUGCUGCCCCCGUGCGCCACUUCUUCUGUGACAUGACGGUGAUGCUGAGCUUGGCGACCUCGGACACCUCCACUGCGGAGAUGGCCAUCUUUUCCGAGGGCCUGGCCGUGGUGGUGGCCCCGCUGCUCCUGGUGACCCUCUCAUAUGUGCAUAUCCUGGUCAUGGUGCUCGGUGUGUGCUCCGCCGGGGGUCGGCUCCGCACCUUCUCCACCUGCGGGACCCACCUGGUGGUGGUGGCACUUUUCUUUGGCUCUGUCCUCUCUGUGUAUUUCCGGCCAUCGUCUGCCUACUCAGCCCGCUACGACCGCCUGGCAAGUGUGGUCUAUGCGGUCGUCACGCCGACCUUGAAUCCUUUCAUCUACGGCCUUCGGAACAAAGAAGUCAAGGGUGCCCUGAAAAGGGGGCUCAGAUGGAGGGCUGCACCCUAG